AUGACAUCACAAAUAAGAACAAAACCUUGGGAAGUAUCACAGGGGAAAUCAGCAGCAUCAACAGUUCCAGUACCUGAAUCUACAGUUCCAUCGAUGAGUUCAUCAACAACAACAGCACCAGCAAACUCAGCGACACCAUCCACAACAUCAGCAGCUGCUGCUGCCGCUACUUCAUCAAGCAUAGCACCAAAUAUUCCAGAGCGCCCCACAAACUUGAUAUCCGAUUUCAAUACAGCUAGUGACUCACCGUAUGGUGGUUAUUCUGCAAAUAGAGGAGGAUAUGGUUAUGGUGGAGGAUAUGGUUCAUCAAUGUUGGGCGGUGGAUACGGGUCAUCAAUGUAUGGUGGUUAUGGUUCAUCAAUGUAUGGCGGAGGUUAUGGCUCAUCAAUGUACGGAGGUGGUUAUGGAGGCUAUGGUGGAUAUGGAUCAUCAUUUGGAGGAAUGUACCCAAGUAUCGGGGCUGGGUUAUAUCAAGUGAUUGAUGCAAUCAAUAUGAUUGAUCAAACUUUUUUUGCACUUUCAAAUGUUGCAGAACAAUUCAGGCAUAUGGGUAACGUUGUUACUUCAUUAUUGGGAAUAUAUGCACUCAAGGACUUUCUUAAAAAGAUUUUGCGCAAGAUAUUAGGAAUCAAGACAAAGUUCAGUUUACAAGAAUUUCAAAAGUUUCAAUCACUUGACAACAAAAAUACAAACAAGAGCAGAUUUAGAAUUUGGCCAAUAUUGGUGUUUGUAGGGUUACCUUUAUUGAUUUCCAAGUUAAUAAGUGGGCUUCAGAAACAACAUCAAGAACAGCAAUUAGCUCAACAAACUCAACAACAACAACAAUUAACACAAUCACCUGCAUCCGUCCAAUUUGCUAAAGCAUUAUAUGAAUUUACUCCAGAAAAUACACAAAUAGAAAUCCCGCUCGAGGUGGGUGAAAUAGUCGCUAUCUUGGAAGAUAAAAGUGGCUGGAGCCGUAUCAGAAAGAGAAAGGGUGAAAUGGGCUGGGUCCCAACUAACUACUUGGAAUUAAUCAAAAGAAACGCAAAUGUAUGA